GGAGGGUGAAGAUAGCUGCGAUAUGCCCCGCGAUUUGACUCACACCUACCUAAACUUUUAAGAAAAAAGUCGACGAUCGUAGCUACCGUACCUAAGGUACCACCUACCUGGGUACUCAGCUAAAGGCUUCCAUUCUAUAACACUAGGGACAAACCAUCUUCGCCAUCUCCUUUUCCUUCUUCUUACUUGACGCAAAACCCCGCACUAUUGUAGUGCGCCCAAAUACGGCAACAAUGGCGGCCACCAUCAGCCAAAAUGACCGCGAGAUACCUAUCCGCAACAAUCCGGACUUGGAGUCCUUCGAUAUAGUUAGCACCUACGAGAAGCUCCUCGCCGACGACCCGGAGCUCACGAUGCCGGUAGCCGCAAUCGAAGCGCUGAUCGAAGCGCUCAGCCAGUCGUCGGCAAAAACCGUCUUUGAGACUAUGGAUCUCAUCAAGACGCAGUCGGCGAAGCUGCGCAACGCCGUGCGCAACCCCGUCGCCCUGACCCACGGCACCGACCUCUUCCAGCAGUACCUCGUCCUGUCGCUUAAGCAGCCCGGCCCGGACGGCAAGGAGACUAGCAGUCACGAGAACUUCGAGGUCGUGCGCCAGCACCUGAUGAAGAACGGAAGAUUGUUUGCCCAGCGCGCGAAGCAGGCCCGCGAGCAGAUUGCGACCGUUGGACGUGCGUAUAUCCGCGACGGGUAUACCAUUUUGACCCAUGGGGGCUCCAGAGUGGUGGGCACGUUGUUGGGGAGAGCGGCGGAGUCUACUACGGGGGAUGCUCGAAGAAAAUUCAAGGUUAUCCACGUGGUCAACGAGGCCCGACGGACUGAGAGCCUGAGAGUGGUAGCUGCCCUGAGGGCGAAAGGUGUCCAGGUUGCGACGAUACCCGAGUCGGCAGCUGCUUAUACAAUGGGCAAGGUUGAUAUGAUCAUAGUCGGUGCCGAAGCAGUGACCGCAAACGGCGGGGUUAUCUCGAGAAUGGGAACGUACCAACUUGCCUUACUAGCCAAAGCCCGCAGGAAGGACUUCUUCGUCGCUGCCGAACAGCACAAGUUCGGCAGGACGUUUCCCCUAGACCAAUUCGACCUUGGCUUUGACCAGGGUAUACUGGAUUUCUAUGCAAAAGACCAAGAGGCGGGUGACAAGCAUCCACAAAUAAAUCCAGAUCCUGUGGACUAUACACCGCCGGAAUUCAUCACGUCAUUCCUCUCAGACUACGGCGUCCUCACGCCAACAGCUGUGGCCAAGCAGGUUAUAGAUCUGUUGUAUUGAGGUUCAGCUAAUGUCGCGGUAUAGUAUUUUGCAAGCCUAGUUUUGGACUGCGCAAGUUUCAUAUCACAGGUGUACAUAUCCUAUGACGAGACGGGAUACGGGAUUUGUUGCCAACAUGUCCUGUUAGCUUUUGGCUAAGUAUCACAAGAAAUUGUUGUUCACACGGACUUGGAGUUCAGUGCCUAGGUCCUGGCAUUUCUUGUAGACUAAGUAAUUAUAAGCCUUACAACGGUGGCCCUCAUAGGCAGGCGCAUUAUGCAAGGGGCUAUGAUGACAUUUGAUCUCCUUGGUCCGGUGGGGAUGAUGGACCAUUACAAUCCAUGAUAGAGCAGAUGCCACUGGCACAUAUCAUGAGCUUAGGUGGUGUACACAUUGGCUACGAUGGACGACUAUCAUGCUGUAUGAAUCGCAUGACGCCCUGACUAGCAUAAGGGUAAAAUAAGAAAAAGAAAAAAGGAUUAGACACAUUUAUGAGGCCAACGAAUAAGACUGUGACUGCAAUAGGAAACUUGUAAAUUCAAGUGAGUGAGUAGUGGCAAUGCCCACAUACCCCCACCUUUCCCUUCCUUAGUGAAAGGACGU